GAAUCUUAGUGUUGCCAUUUUCUAAAAAAGGUUAGAAUUUUAUAAACAUAACCUAAAUUUCCAAUUAAUUUUAAAUAAAAGUUCAUAAACUAUCCGCAUUGUUAACUUUCUGUCCUCAAUCAAUAGACGACCUUGAGUAGCUAACACCACAUUGUUAUAAUGAGUCAGUGCAGCAACGUAAACACAUCGUUUCCCUUUGAAUUGAUACUUAUACAAGUCUGGAGAUAAUAAUUGGAGUGAAGUCAACUCGCUACUUCAGUGAAGUCAAAUUAAACUGAUUAACAACAAAUCCAAUUUUGGAGUAGCAGCUUAUUCAUGUUGAAAACAUGUCAUUCUUCAGGAUUCCGAAUUUCAGCAGACACGUGAGACCAACAGGACGUGGUUCGUGGCAAGCAACAUCUGUAAAAAUCACGCAAUGGAUUUACUUUAGACGUUAUUCAUAUGAAGCUGAGGGUAUCAAAAAGUCCAGAGGGUUAUGGAGUUUUACGAAGAAAUGGACAAUAAGCUUACCCAUUGGUAUUGGUGUUUCUUUAAUUACAAUCUUACAGUUAAAAUAUUUUUGGGGACAUCAUUCUUCUACUAAUGGAGAGGUCAAAAGACCUAUAAAUAAUUUAAUGGUGGAAUGUUAUUGCUGUCUACCUCUGAGGAUUACGAGUCGAAUAUUUGGAUGGUUUGCAAGUGUAGAACUUCCUCAGAGUUUUAGACCAUUUGUAUAUAACUUAUAUGCUAAAACUUUUCAUGCAAAUUUACAAGAAAUUGACUGUGAUCUGAAAUCAUUUCCAAGCCUUGUAGAUUUCUUUGUCAGACCACUGAAACAUGACGCGAGACCUAUUGCUCAAAAUACUAAUCUUGUUUCUCCCGUGGAUGGAACAGUGUUAUACUUUGGUCCAGUAAAUUCUUGUCGUGUUGAGCAAGUUAAAGGUGUGACAUAUAAUCUUAGACAUUUUUUGGGUGAUGCAAAAUCAUCAACACUAAGUAGCAAGACUGAAUUUUGUAACGAAGAAAACGAUAGUUACUUAAAGUCGCUUUUGAAGAAUUCUAAGAAUAAAUUAUAUCAAUUAACAAUAUACUUAGCACCAGGAGAUUAUCAUCGCUUUCACAGUGCUGCUGAUUGGAAAAUAAACUUCAGAAGACAUUUCCAAGGAAAGCUACUGAGUGUAAAUCCAAAGAUAGCAAGCUGGUUGCCAGACUUAUUUGCCAUUAAUGAACGAGUCGUUUACCUUGGAGAAUGGACAGGAGGUUUUAUGGCAUAUGCCGCCGUAGGUGCAACAAAUGUUGGCUCCAUUCGUGUUUUCUGUGAUGAUAAUUUAGUAACUAACAAAAAAAAGUGGCCGAAAGACAAAUUAUGGGAAGAUACUAUGUUUGAAUACAUGAAAAUAAAAAAAGGACAGCUUUUUGGAGAAUUUCGAAUGGGAUCGACCAUUGUGCUUUUAUUUGAAGCUCCAGAAAAUCUAAAAUUGUGCAUAGCACAAGGUCAAUCAAUUAGAAUGGGCCAAGCAUUGACUGAACGACCUAUUAGUCAUUAUAGUACAACAUUUAAUCAUUUAAAUGAGUGUGCACUAGAAGCUACAAAACUUAUUAAUAUUGGAGUAUAUAAUUAGAUUUAUUUUAAUUCAGUGACUGUGACAUGUUUUUUUUUCAAUUCAAUAUAAAUCUGAAAAAUAAUGCAUUUUUUAUAAUUGUUUUAUCAUGAUACAGCAUAGCUUAUAAAAUAAAUAAUGUAAAUAAAUAUUAUGUUCAGAAAUGCAAGUCUACAUAAGCUUUUAAAUUUUAUAUAAAUACUAUUUUUAUGCUGAAAGAAUUGAAAACUGUUGUAAAAAUAAUUGGAAAAAAUAGAUUAUAAAUAAAAUUGGACUAAAAAGGGAGAUUUAAGAUAAACUUCAUGACUCUUCAAUGAUUUUUUAAAAACUCCGGUUAAACGUCAGAUGCAUAUUCUACCGUAAAUCAAAGAUGGAAGAGUUGAAACACGAAACUUCCCUUUGUCCUUGACUUUAUGGCAUAAAAUUGGUUAGCGGUAGUGAAAAAGGUCAGAUCUUAUUUUGAUAAAUACUGCGGAGUCAGAAAAAAAUAAAAUUUGCUCAUGGAACAUCGCAAUUAUUUCAACUUA